GGGCGUAUACAUACAUACAUGUUUAUGUAUAGUACGUGUGCAUACAACUUUCGAGCAUAAAAUGUUAAAGUACAUCGGAAAUCGCACCACUAAAUUACUUUACGCUUGAUUGUGGUCUGUGUUGUGUAGUCGCAAAUCAGGAGUGUGGUGCUAGCUCGAUGCGAGCUUUCAUCUGUCCGGUUACUUUUUUACUUAUUGUCAUUUUAUCUCCAUUCAUUUCCGCGGACGGAACAUAGUCCUGGUCAUGUUUGUUGUCAAUAUGAACGAUGCUCACAUUCUUUAAAAAAUCUGGGCCACGAAAUAAGUCCCAAACAUUGCCACAUUUGCUGUCGAAGUCAGAAGCAUUGGGGGAAUCAGAGACAAACGUGCUCCGCCAGAAGUAUGGCUUGUGGCACUGUUUGGAGGAAGAAGAAGAUGCAGCCAAAGUUUUCAAAGAUGAAAAUUCAGAAUGCACUACCAUGAAAUCUCGACUAUCAAAAACACUACCAGAGAUCCUAUCUGACAAAAGUGCAUUAGGUUAUUUUUUUCAAUUCCUAGAAGCUCGAGGAUCUGUGGCUCUACUGAAGUUCUGGCUUGAGGUAGAAUGCGUGUGUGGCUCUUGUGGUAUACAAGAUAUCAGGACAAGCGAAAUUGAUCCGUUAAACGGUGUUUGUGAACAAAAAAAAGCAACUGAGAAUGUAUCUGGCUUAGCAGAUAGUAAUGACAAUUACAGGUGUAAUAAUAUUAUGGCAGGGGAUGUGUGUUCUCGUGAUAAACUCUCGUGCAACAACAGUGUAAAUAGCAAUGAUCCUUUAUCAGAAUGUCAAGGAACACCGAACACUAGUCAAUUGUUAAAUGGAUCCAAUGAAUCAAAACUUGAACUCAAAAUAAUAAAGCCUGAAUCUGUUACUUUUGCCGCUUCCGAACAGGAUGCUUCACACAUCUAUAAACGAUAUAUAGUUAAAGAGGCCCUAGGACCAGGCAGGAUCCCCAAUGACAUGCUCAACAUCAUGCAGUCUGCUUUGCAUUCUCAAAACAUGGGAUCAAUGUUGAAAUGUUUAUGUAACUUACAGCAGAUUGUCUAUAGGAUAUUAGAGGAAGAGCACAUGAACGAUUUUUUGAGAAGCGACUUUCAUUGCAAGCAUCAAAUCGAUGUACUCACCAGUGGAAACGUCCAGCUAGCAGACAUACUGUACAACGAGACAGCAUUCUUUCACUUCAUAGAGUUCAUGGAGAUUGAGGGUAAACGGGAACUUUUGGAUUUCUGGAUGGCAGCGAUCAAUUAUAAGCACAAUUUACUGCAAAAGAGAGAUACCACCAAACCAGCAGAGGCCCAAACAGAUGCUCUUAUAAUUUACAACAAAUAUUUCAGCUUGCAAGCAACAAUGUCGCUUGGAUUCAGUGAUAGAGUACGCUUUCAGGUAGAACAAAACAUCUGUCGAGAGGAUGGGCAAGGGCCAAGACCUGAUUGUUUUGACCUACCCUGUUGGAUAAUCUACAGAUUUCUGGAUAAGCAUUAUCUGACUGCAUUCUUAUCAUCGCAGUUGUAUUAUAAAUAUCUUUCGGAGUUGAUAAGUACCAUUCAAAGUAGCCCAUGUCCAGUGACACACCCACAGCUAAGAAGAACAGGUUCUGACUGUAGCAGUGACAUGAGUACAAUGAGUGUUGGGACGCAAAAAACUAUGCCCGCACAACACGGUAGACUAUGUGCCAACGAGAGUCUAAGUAUAGAUACCAGACAACUGCAUGAUCCGGAUUCUCUCUGGCGGCGCCAGAAGUACAAUCUAAGCGUUGGAUACGUGAAUGAGAUGGGCAGAUUUGUCACUGAAAUCGAACCUAAUCCGUUUCGCAAAUAUGAAUCUCGAUUGUCUAGAGCCAUGAAAAGGUUGGUCAACGUCGAGAAUGAUAAGGCCAAAGAAGAAAUGGCGUGGAAGAUCGCGGAGAUGAUAGUUGGAGAAAUAACAAGUCUAACAUUGGGAUGUUCGACAGGAAGAGACCUCUCGUCCUGAUGCUGCUUUGUAGUUUUUUUACCAAAAGCAAAACUACAGGAGUAAGGUGGCAAUUAUUGAACCUGUGGCAGUUUUGGAUACUUCUCCAAAUUCAAUAACUCAAGAACAGAAUCUCAACAAUAAUCUACUUGCACAUGUGCAUUUACACGAUCCACCUCGUUUGGGAGAUAGUAAAAUGAACAGUUCCAAUAGAAGUAAGAUCUAUGCACAGCUAUAGCUGCAUCCAUUAGUUAUAACAAUGUCAUCGUCCCUGGGCUAAGCAGGCGUAGGACUGGGUAUAGUAGUGUCUCAAUAUUUGGCGAGCAAUUGUAAACAAUCUCUGAUAUCCGAACAAAUCUAAGUAAGAUCUAGAAGUUAGAGGUGUCGCAGAUAUAAUACAUAACAAUACCGCCCUGUGAGCUCAUUGGAAACAUUUACUCAGGUACUUAUUGUGAAUUAUUGCUAAUAGCAAGAGUACAUAUACUUGUAUUGAAUUGAUUUGAGAAAGCUAUACUGCAAACGGAUAUGAAAACUGAUCCAGACAUGAGUGUGUACACGUAUCUCAUAUUGAUCUAACAUUAGCGAAUAAAAGUAGUAACCAGCUCUUAUCAACUGUGAAAAAGUGUAGUUGACUAUCCAGGUGACGUCGUGUUGUCCCAGGCUAGUACAAGGUAGAUAAUUUGGCCAAUUCGCUUUUUUCUCAAAACUGACUUUCUCAUUAUUAAUACCAAACUUGAAGUCCCUAAUCAAGCAUCCAUGUCACGGCGAUAAUCAGUGUCUUUGUGUCACUCGGUAUGAAAGUGAUGAAAAACUUGGAACAGUGCCAAUAAUGAAAUUGAUCUCUGGAAUGGACCAGCGAAGGGAAUUAUUUUCUUUUAGCCCAGUGCAUUGACUGAAAUCAUAAUUGGCCUGUUUUAGAUAAAAGCCGCUGUUCUAUCAAGAGGUAUUAAAGGUAAAUAUAGAGGGGUGUUGAAAUUUCGGCAAGACAGCUAAUUGUGGAAAAACGUUCGCAGAUAUAAGAAAGUGAUGUGGCCGUUUGGUGGUGUACAUCUGAUGGAGGGAAUCUAGGGGGAUUGUGUACAAACAAUCACUCUUCAUAAGACAAAAAGUCGUUGAAAAAACAGUUACGAAGUCGUAUUUUUAUAAAAGUAAAUUAAGUUUAGAUUGAUAGGAAUCUCAUUUUUUUCUUACGGUGCUGUUCUCAUUACGAAAUAAAAAUUAUCAAGCUCACA